AUGGAGCUCAAACUAGAGGAUCCAUCCCUCCUCAAGACAGAAUGCUAUGUUGCUGGCCGGUGGGUCGGUGCCAGGAGCGGGAAGCAAUUUUCCGUUGAUAACCCCUCCACGUGUGAUGUGGUUGCGAAAUGCCCCGAGUUUGACAGCGUCGACACAGAAUCAGCCAUUGGCUCAGCCAAGAAUGCCUUCAACUCAUUUCGCAAAACUACCCCACGUUCGCGAGCCACGCUCCUCCGGCGCUGGUAUGAACUUAUGAUCGAGAAUGUGGAAGAUCUCGCCUACAUAAUCACUCUUGAGAACGGAAAGCCCCUGGCAGAUUCUCGCACUGAAGUCCGGUACGCCGCGUCAUUCUUGGAAUGGUUCAGUGAAGAAGCCCCCCGCAUUUAUGGUGAUACCAUGCAGGCCACCAACCCAUCUUGUCGCAUUGUUACUCUGCGAGAGCCUGUCGGUGUCUGCGGACUUAUCGCGCCGUGGAACUUCCCUGCCGCCAUGAUCACAAGGAAGGCUGGCCCGGCCCUUGCGGCUGGGUGCACCAUUGUUGUAAAGGCACCGGGAGAAACCCCGCUGACUGCUCUGGCUCUAGCGGAGCUAGCCCAUCGCGCGGGAUUCCCCGCAGGUGUUGUCAAUGUCAUUACAACGCUCGAAAAUACGGCGGAUGUUGGGCGCAUUCUCACAACACACCCGACAAUCAAAAAGGUCUCAUUUACCGGCUCCACUGGAGUAGGAAAGCUUCUCAUGAGUCAGAGCGCCUCAACCCUAAAAAAGUUAUCAUUUGAGCUUGGUGGAAACGCCCCCUUCAUCGUGUUCGAGGAUGCGGAUCUUGAUGCGGCAGUGCGCGGACUCAUGGCCUCCAAGUUCCGUAUCUCUGGUCAGACUUGCGUGUGCGCCAAUCGCAUCCUAGUCCAUCGCGAUGUGUAUGAUGAAUUCCUCGUCAAGGUGGUCGAGGCUGUUCGCGCCUUUGUAGUAGGUGACGGCUUCAAGGAGGAGACUACGCAUGGCCCGCUAGUCCAUGAUCGUGCCGUUGCCAAGGUCCACGAACACGUCACAGAUGCUGUCACUAAGGGUGCACGGUUGCUCUUGGGCGGCGAGCCACUGACGCACCUUGGCCCAAAUUACUUUGGACUUACAGUGCUCGCGGAUAUGAGGCCGGGCAUGAAAAUUUGCCAUGAAGAGACCUUUGGGCCUGUUGCUGCCGUUUUCGCAUUCGAGUCAGAGCAGGAGGCUAUUGCCUUGGCCAACGAUUCCAAUGUUGGCCUGGCAGGGUAUUUUUAUAGUAAGGAUGUAACUCGGUGUUGGAGGAUAGCGGAGGCUCUCGAGGUGGGCAUGGUGGGCGUCAACGUCGGCAAGUACUCUCCCUGCACCUUUAUUUUCUUCGAAAAGCCUCACUAA